CAUCAUCAUCCAUCUAUCUAUUACUUGGAAAAUAAAAAGAAAUUUAUCAAAUUACUAAUAUAAAAUAAUAUAAAUAAUAAAUAAAAAUGGCAACAACAACAAGCGGCAGUAUUAGUGGUGGUAGUAGUUUUGAUAUAACCGUUAUGGAAUUACGUGAAUUAAUGGAUUGUCGUGGUCAAGAAACAAUAUCAAAAAUACAACAAAAAUAUGGUAGCGUUUUGAAUUUAUGUCAAAAAUUACGUACAUCACAAAAUGAAGGUUUAAGCGGUGAACAACAAGAUCUUGAAUUAAGGAAACAGGUUUUUGGUGCCAAUGUGAUACCCCCAAAACCGCCAAAAACCUUUUUGCAAUUGGUUUGGGAAGCAUUACAAGAUGUAACAUUGAUUAUACUUGAAGUUGCUGCCAUUAUUUCAUUGGCACUUGCCUUCUAUAAGCCUCCUGAUACCAGUGAUGACGAAGACUCAACGGGCGGCCCAUUACAGGAAGAAAGUGAAGCCGGUUGGAUUGAAGGUGCUGCCAUUCUUGUCUCCGUAAUCAUUGUGGUUAUAGUCACUGCCUUCAAUGAUUAUACGAAAGAACGACAGUUUCGUGGCCUACAAAAUCGUAUCGAACACGAGCACAAAUUUUCUGUUAUUCGUAAUGGUGAAGUGAUUCAAUUGCUCGUUUCUGAUUUAGUUGUUGGCGAUAUCUGUCAGGUUAAAUAUGGUGAUCUAUUACCAGCCGAUGGUAUUAUCAUACAAAGUAAUGAUCUUAAAGUGGAUGAAUCAUCAUUGACCGGUGAAUCGGAUCAUGUGAAAAAAGGUCUUGAUUAUGAUCCAACAUUAUUCUCCGGUACACAUGUGAUGGAAGGUAGUGGCCGUAUGGUUGUUACCGCUGUCGGUAUUAAUUCACAGGCCGGUAUUAUAUUUGCCCUUUUGGGUGCCGCUCAAACCGAAGAUGAUGAACAGAGAAAGAAAGCUAAAAAAGAAGCAAAAAAGAAAAAGAAAAGGAAAAGUAUUGUUUCGGCCGAUGAAGAAGCAGGUGAAUCUGGUGGUGUUCUUGCCGGAAAUGUUGCUAUCGGCAGUACUGGUGGCAAUUCACAUCCAUCCAAUAUGAUGAGUAUGAAUGCAAUUGGACCAUCAAUGGCCGCACCACAACAUGGAGCCGAUUUAUCUGGUUUACGAUCAGUCGAUAGUGCUGGCAGUGGUGCACUUACCGAUUCAGCAUUAACCGAUAGUGAUCAUCGUAAAUCUAGACAAGAUGAAGAAACAUCGAAUCCUCGUAAAGAGAAAUCUGUGUUACAAGCAAAACUAACCAAAUUAGCCAUCCAAAUCGGUUACGGAGGAUCGGCCAUCGCAGUGUUAACUGUAGUCAUAUUAAUAUUACGUUUUGUGAUCAAGAAAUUUGUCAUUCAAAACAAACGUUUCAAAAUGAUGUAUAUGCAAUAUUUUGUAAAAUUUGUCAUUAUCGGCGUCACCGUUCUUGUUGUUGCUGUGCCUGAAGGUCUUCCAUUGGCUGUAACAUUGGCUUUGGCCUAUUCAGUCAAAAAAAUGAUGCAUGACAAUAAUCUGGUCCGUCAUUUGGACGCUUGUGAAACAAUGGGUAAUGCUACGGCCAUUUGCUCAGACAAAACCGGCACAUUGACAACUAAUCGUAUGACGGCCGUACAAUGCUAUUGCUGUGGUGUUCAUUAUAAACAGAUUCCCAAAUUUGAGCAAUUGCCCGCCAAUCUUUCCAACACUUUAAUCGAGGCAAUUGCAUUCAAUAGUGCUUAUACAACUAGAAUUAUGCCGCCUGAUAAUCCGGGUGAUAAUCCCAAACAGGUUGGCAACAAAACUGAAUGUGCCCUUCUUGGUUUCGUUUUGGAUCUUGGUAAAGAUUAUCAAGCGUUACGUGAUCGAAUGCCCGAAGAAAAAUUAUAUAAAGUUUAUACAUUCAAUUCGGUCCGUAAAUCUAUGUCGACCGUCAUACAAUUACCAAACAAUGAAGGUUUUCGUGUGUUCACCAAAGGAGCUUCCGAGAUCAUAAUGAGACGUUGUAUGUUUAUAUUUGGUAAAGAUGGUACCUUGUUACGAUUUCCAAAAGAAGAACAAGAUAAAUUGAUUAAAAAUGUGAUCGAACCAAUGGCAUCGGAUGGCCUUCGUACAAUCGGUGUUGCCUAUAAAGAUUUUGUUCGACGUAAACCAUCAUCAGCCAAUGAAAUACAGAUUGAUGGUGAACCUAAUUGGGACGAUGAAGAUUAUAUUCAAACACGUUUAACUUGUUUAGCUAUUGUCGGUAUUGAAGAUCCUGUCCGACCUGAGGUGCCUGAUGCUAUUCGUAGAUGUCAACAAGCUGGUAUAACUGUUCGUAUGGUGACUGGUGAUAAUGUCAAUACAGCCCGAUCGAUUGCAACCAAAUGUGGUAUCGUUAAACCGGGUGAAGAUUUUCUUGUACUUGAAGGCAAAGAAUUUAAUAAACGUAUUCGUGAUGCACGUGGAGAAGUACGACAAGAAUUAUUCGAUAAAGUAUGGCCACGUUUGCGUGUAUUGGCACGUUCAUCACCGUCCGAUAAAUAUAUUUUAGUCAAACACAUUAUUGAAUCGAAGCUCAAUCCAAAUCGUGAAGUUGUUGCCGUCACUGGUGAUGGUACCAACGAUGGCCCAGCAUUAAAGAAAGCGGAUGUCGGUUUUGCUAUGGGCAUUGCCGGUACCGAUGUUGCGAAAGAGGCUUCUGACAUUAUUCUUACUGAUGAUAAUUUCUCCAGUAUUGUAAAAGCUGUAAUGUGGGGUCGUAAUGUUUACGAUUCGAUUGCAAAAUUUUUACAAUUUCAAUUGACCGUCAAUGUUGUCGCUGUGAUUGUGGCCUUUGUCGGAGCCUGUGCCAUUGAGGACAGUCCAUUAAAAGCUGUACAAAUGUUAUGGGUCAAUUUGAUAAUGGACACAUUAGCAUCACUAGCGCUGGCAACCGAAUUACCAACCACCGAUCUUCUUACACGUAAACCAUAUGGUCGUACGAAACCAUUAAUUUCUCGUACAAUGAUGAAAAAUAUUAUUGGCCACGCUAUCUAUCAAUUGACCGUCAUAUUCUUCCUAUUAUUUGCCGGUCAUCGAUUUUUCGAUAUUGAUUCGGGUCUUGGUGCCGAAUUGAAUGCCCUACCAUCGCAACAUUUUACCAUCAUUUUCAAUACGUUUGUCAUGAUGACAUUGUUUAAUGAAAUUAAUUCACGAAAAAUACACGGCGAACGAAAUAUUUUCGAAGGUCUUUUCACUAAUCCCAUUUUCUACGGAAUUCUAUUUCUCACUGCCUUUGCUCAAGUGAUUAUCGUCCAAUUCGGUGGUCGACCAUUUAGCACAGCCUCACUGACACUAGAGCAAUGGGCAUGGUGUAUAUUUUUCGGUGUUGGCGUGUUAGUAUGGGGACAAUUAAUCACAACGAUUCCGACCAAACGAAUACCUAAACAAUUUUCAUGGGGUAGUGGUCCACCCGAAGAGAUAAUGGAUGCGACAAGUUCAUUGGUGGAAGACGGUUCAUCCGGUUCAUUAUCACAGGAUGUCAAACGUACUGGCCAAAUAUUAUGGAUACGCGGAUUAACACGUCUGCAGACUCAGUUACGUGUUGUACGUGCAUUUCGUUCAACAUUAGAAGAUAUGGAAGAAAGACGUUCAUGUCAUUCAUUACAUAAUUGUUUACGUCAAUCACGUUCACAUCCAAGUCAAUUACGUAGUAGUUUUUCACAAUUUCCAAUGGCUAUUACAAAUAUUAAUGAUAUGAUGAUAAUGACAACAACAACAACAACAACAACCGUAACAGCUAAUAAUCAAACACCAUCAAUCAUUUAUAGUAAUAAUAAUUCAACAUCAAGUAGUCAUAGCCAAUAUUUAAGUACAUCAGCUAGUUAUGGUGUUGGUGGUGGUCAAAUAUUGAUUGAUCAACAGCCACAAAGUCGUCAUCAUUAUCAUCAAAAACAACAACAAUCAGUCAAUCCAAAUUAUUCUUAUACAACAACAAAAUCUGCCUCACAACAACAACAAAUGCCAGUUGUGCCUGCAAUAUUACAGCCAACAACAACAACAAUAUUAUCGAAACAAUCGGCCAAUCUAAUAAAACAGCCACAUAUGAUGAUGAUGAUGUCACCAACAGCAUCAACAACAUCAGCAGCAGCAAUAUCACAACAAUCAUCGGUAAAUAUUCGACCACAACCAGGUAUACCAUCAGCUGUACCUGGUACUAUUGUUACUUAUACAGUUGUUAGGCCUUUAAAUCCACAUAAAGAAUUACGUUCACAUCAAUCAAUUAAUGUGCCUAUAGAAUAUGAUGAUUCUAUUACUAAUAUUGAUGAUUUAAAUAUUGGGACUGGUCAACAAAAUCAAUCGAAACAAAAAUUAUCAGAAACUACAGAAAUGGGUCAGAAAAAUGAUAAUAAUGAUAAUGAUGUUGGUGUUGAAAAUCAAACAAUCGAUUAUCGUCAUAGAUCUGCAUCACAACAACGUUUACAAGUUGAACGUUCACGUUCAGCACCAUAUUCAAUGUUAUCAUCAUCAACCGAUGUUUAUCAUCAUAAUCAACCACAAUCAAAUUUAUCAACAUCACAACAACAACAAGGUGUUCAAGCUUAUUAUCAUAUUUCAUCACCAUUAUCAGGUCAUGUUAGUUCACAUUCAAGUACAAGUAGUCUUGGUGGUGGUAUUCAACAUGGUGGUGGUGGUGGUGGUGUUGUUGUUGGUGGUGAUAAUCUAAUGAUGAUGAUGGCCAAUACUUCUUCUUCAUUAAUACGUCGACAUAGUUCCAAUUUUAGUCAUAGUUCAAGUUGUUGUUCAUCCGAUAAUGAUAAUGAUGAUUUUACCGGUAGUAGCCGAUCAAUAAGUGUUUUAAGUAAUACUAGUAUAAGUUGUAGUAGUGGUGAAAGUGGUGGUCAUCAUCAUCAUCAUCAUCAUCGUCAUAAAGGAAGUGGUGGUAGACGAAAAAGUCAUUCAUCCGGUCAUCAUCAUCAUCAUGGACGACAUUAUUCACAACAACCAUUACAUCAUCAUCAUCAACAUCAUCGAUCACAUUCAGAUCGACAUCGAUCUAGUUCUUAUCAUCAUCAUCAACAAAAAUCGAAUCAAAAACCAGAAGUAAUAUCAUCAUCUGGUCAUCAUCAUCAUCAUCAUCAUCAUAGACAUCAUCGACAUCAUGGACAUCAUGAUGAUGAUGGCCAUCAUCGUCAUCAUCAUCACCAUCAUCAUCCACAAAAAACAAGACGAUCAUCAUCAUAUCGAGAGCAAAUCGAAAUAUCCAAAAAUUAUGUGCCCGUAAGCCCACGAAAAACUAGCCAACAACAACAACAUUUACAAAUACCGGAUUUGGAUCCUCAAUCUUCACAUCAUCAUCAUCAUCAUCAACAUCGUCGUCAUUCACAUUCAAGAUCACGUUCAAGAUCAAGAUCACCAUCAACAACAGGAUCGACACAUCAUCAUCAAAUUGCUGCCAAAACUAUUUCUAGCCCUACUACUAAUAUUCAAUGUGGAUUAUCAUCAUCAUCAAGACGAUCAUCACGUAGUCAUCGAUCAAGAUCACCAUCAAGUGGUGGUGGUGGUGGUGGUGGUGAUCAUUAUCAUCAUCGUCAUGGAAGUGGUGGUAGUGGCGGAAGUGGUCAACAUCAACAUCUUCAUGCUCAUCAUCAUCAUCAUAGUAGACAUCGACAUUCAUCAACAGGUGUUGUUGAUAAUGAAAGUAGUAAUUUCAAACAACAACAACAAUCAUCUACCACUAUUGGUGAUCAAAUGUUAACACCAUCAGCAACAAUAAUAACAUCUGUACGUCGUCGAUCAUCGUCGACAGUUGCAAAUAAUCCACUUAUACAAGGUUAUCAUUUAUUAACUGAUCCACCAAUAUCUGGAUCUGGUAAUCGUUUACAUCAUCAUGGCCAUAAUAAUAAUAAUAAUAAUAAUAAUAAUAAUCAUCCACCACAUGAAACAAUUAUUUGACAACGAAUAAUAACAACCGC